AGGGGAGCAAGAGAAGCUUGCGGGUGGCGGUGGCGGGUGACCCGACCUGGCCCAGAGUUAGGACAGCAGGAAGGAUCUGGGUGUGUAAUUCUCUGAUCAGGCUGUGACUAGGCGAUGCCAAAGAGGCCCUGCCUCCCUACUGUGAGCAACGGUUGAGGUGCAGCCCAGGGUCCUCAGCGAGAGCGCAGAAUCACGCGUACCCGAGGCCCACUCGGAUGCUGGGCGCGGGGAUUUGGGCUGCGCCCUCCCUUUCGCGCUGCUUAAAGCCGUGCUCGGAACUCCACGCCUCGCUGGUUUCCUGAGCUGUUCCUCCAGCUUGUCCUCGACAGAGGUGCACAAUUGAGUCCAGGGAUCCAGUCCUCCACCCCCAACAUCUACAUGUGGCCGAGCCACGGGCGGUGGCGACCGUGUUGCGGGCGGCACUGUGAUGAUCCCGGGCGGGUGGGGGACCAGGGCGGCGCGCUGCGCUGGUUCCACCCAGGAGAGCCCAAGGCACGCGGGGCGUGGCUAGGCUGGCGCAGAGACUCAGCGCCCUCCCCGCGCCGCUGCCAAGUUGAGCGAAGAGUUUGAGCAGGAGGGGAAAGAUCUCUGGGAGUCGAUGCCAACCCUGUGCUUCAGUUGUCCCUCAGUCGCGAGGUUGAGCCCGGAGGAGCUGCUUUCCGCCACAGGCCGCUAGAGGGAUCGACUGGAUCUGGCCGCCUCGGGGAAUGACGGGGCCACUCCCACGGCCCAGGGAGGUGGAGAGGGCGAGCCCCACAACCAGUCGUCAGACACCCUCCUGGGCAACACCGAUAAGGAGCUGAAUACAGGAGUCGCUGUCACCCCUAGCAGCGCCGGGACAGCGCCGGUGGCCCCUUGUCAACGGGAGCCCUGGGACCUGGCUAUGGAACCAGCAGGCUGCCCUAGGGGAUUGCUCCCACGGCCGUGCAGAGUGCUGGUGCUGCUGAACCCCCGGAGCGGCAAGGGCAAGGCUUUGCAGCUCUUCCAGAGAUUCGUACAACCCCUCCUGGAGGAGGCUGAAGUAUCCUUCAAACUUACACUCACGGAACGGCAGAACCAUGCCAGGGAGCUGGUGUGUGCAGAGGAACUGGGCCACUGGGAUGCCCUGGUGGUCAUGUCCGGCGAUGGUCUGAUGCAUGAGGUGGUGAAUGGGCUGAUGUCACGGCCUGACUGGGAGAUUGCCAUCCAGAAGCCCCUGUGUAGCCUCCCCGGAGGGUCUGGCAACGCGCUGGCGGCUUCCAUGAACUACUAUGCUGGGUAUGAGCAGGCGACUAGUGAAACCCUCCUGACCAACUGCACGCUGCUUUUAUGCCGCCGCCACCUGUCGCCCAUGAAUCUGUUGUCACUGCACACUGCUUCCGGACUGCAGCUCUAUUCUGUGCUCAGCUUGUCCUGGGGCUUCGUUGCUGAUGUGGACCUGGAGACUGAGAAGUACAGGCGCUUGGGGGAGAUCCGUUUCACGAUGGGGACCAUCUUUCGCCUAGCAACCCUGCGAAUCUACCAGGGCCAACUGGCCUACCUUCCUGUAGGAAAUGCUGCCUCUGAGAUGCCUGCCUCUCCGGCACAGGCGCAGAAAGGCCCUGUGGACACAUACCUUGUUCCCCUGGAGGAGCCGGUGCCUUCUCACUGGACCGUGGUGCCAGAACAGGAUUUCGUUCUGGUGCUGGUACUGCUACAUACCCACCUGAGCACCGAGAUGUUCGCGGCACCCAUGGGCCGUUGUGAGGCUGGCGUUAUGCAUCUGUUCUAUGUGCGUGCGGGGGUGUCAAGGUCCACGCUACUGCGCCUCUUCCUGGCCAUGCAGAAGGGCAGGCAUAUGGAGUAUAACUGCCCAUACUUGGUGCACGUGCCUGUGGUUGCCUUCCGCCUGGAGCCCAAGAACCAGAGGGGCGUGUUUUCUGUGGAUGGGGAGUUGAUGGUAUGUGAAGCUGUGCAGGGCCAAGUGCACCCAAACUAUUUUUGGAUGGUUUGUGGCAGCAGAGAAGCCCCGUCCAGCUGGGAGCCCCAGCAGAGGUCAUCUCCAGAAAAACCAUUAUGAUUCCCCGGUUCUCUGUGCCUUUGUCUACACUGAGAUGGGACCCUCUCCUGCAUCCAUCCCCUCAUAUGGGAGGCUAUCUAAAGCUCACGUGGAGGUGGUAGGGACCUUGUAGAGAAAAGUAGGAAGGUGGGGCUGUAAGAAAGGCUCUGCCCCCUAAAUGCUAUAAUGUGAAGCUGGGCGGGCGCCCUCUGGCUGGGCAGUUGCAUAUAGAAGGCACUCACCAUUGUGCUUGGAGCCCUUCUCUGCGGAAUCAAAUCCAAAUAAAGUGACUUUUCCAA